UGAACAGUAUGUCAGGAACUUUCACCAAGAACAUUGGAGCAGCUGCUAGAGAAAACACAUCAAAUCAAGAACAUAAGAACAUUCAUUGCUGCAAAUCAUAGAAGAUGACUUCCCUUCAAGAUGUGAAUCCCAGAGUGAGAGGGAUCCGGAUCUCAUCUCACAGUGCACUGCAGAAUCUGGUUGAGAACUUCACCAUCGGCCAGGGGGUGCAAAAAUCUUUCAAGGAGGUGAUUGAUGUUAGCUGUGGUGAUCCACAGAGAGCAGGGAUGAGACCCAUCUCAUUUGUUCGGCAGGUAAUUGCAGUGUGUUUGUGCCCUGAACUGCUGACAGAAGAAAUUUUUCCUCUGGACGUCAGGCUAAGAGCUCAAAAGUUACUUGAGGCCUGUGAUGGUCAAAGUGUGGGUUCCUAUACGGCCUCAUCUGGACUGCCUCACGUCAGACAAACCAUUGCUGAGUUCAUCAUGAAACGGGAUGGUGUUCCUGCAUACGCCGAGAACAUUUUCAUCUCCUCUGGACAUCAGAGAGCUCUGAUGGUAUUUAUAAAGCUGCUGUCCGGAGGGGAGGGGCAGCAUCAGACAGGUGUGUUGGUCCCUCAGCCCUGCCCACACACACUGCUCCCAGUGCUGGAUGAGGCCGGGGUGAUGGCAGUACCUUACCGGCUGAUAGAGGAGAAAAACUGGGCUGUUGACAAGAGUGAGUUGCACCAAGCUCUGACUACCUACAGAGGGCGCUGUGAGCUCAGAGCAAUUUACAUCAGCAACCCAGGAAUCCCAACAGGACAUUUGCAGGACAGGAAGUCAAUAGAAGAAGUGAUAGAGUUCGCUGCAGCCGAAAGACUUAUGCUGCUGGUUGAUGAGGUAUAUCAGGACAGCAUUUAUGCACCAAACAGAGAGUUUAUUUCAUAUAAGAAGGUUCUUUUUGAGAUGGAAAAGCAUCUGAGAGACUCUGUCGAGCUUGUGUCCUUCCACUCUUUAUCCUGUGCCUUUGUAGCAGAGUGUGGCCUCAGAGCAGGAUACAUGGAGGUGGUCAACAUUGACUCCGGGGUGAUGCAUUAUGUUGAUACCUUGCUCUGCACUGACAUUAAUGCCCCAGUCACAGGACAACUUGCCCUGGAUCUCAUGCUCAACCCACCCAAACUGGGUGACCCUUCAUAUAACACAUUUGCUCAGGAGACUCUCCUGACUCAAGCCACUCUGGCCCGAAAUGCUCAGCGGUCUCUGAAGCUGCUGAACGAUCUACCAGGAAUAAGCUGCCAGCCUGCGAUAGGAGGAAUCUACCUUUACCCACAUCUGGAUCUACCUCCUGAGUUCAGGAGGCAAGCCAAGAUGUUAGGACUGGAACCAGAUGUGUUUUACUGCCAGAUGUUGCUGCAGGAGGAGGGUUUGAUCAUAGGACCAGGCCAAUAUGAUGAAAGAACUGGCAGCCAUCAUCUAAGAUUAUGUGUUCUGGUUCCUCCUGACACCCUGGAUGAGGUUCUUUAUCGUCUCUCUACCUUCCAUCUUCGCUUCGCUGACAGAGAUGUUAACAUAUUUGAAUGAUAAAUAUAUUAGCUCUGUGCCGGACAUGUUUUAGAUGUUAGCUUUAUUGGGCAACAAACAUAAUUGCCUUGUAUUAGACAAAAGAGUGCUACAAUAGACAAAACAUAGAAUCAAAUAAGAAAAGCACUAUUCAAAUAAACUAGUGUGGUAAUUGGAAAUGACUUGAUAAAUGUGCUGGUUUAAACAAAUUAAUCUCAUUAACAAAUCAAACUGAAGUUCAAUGAAGUUUAAAAUCAAUCAGCUCAUAAUCCAUUACUUUUUAGGUUUAAUCCAAAUUUCUGAUAUGGCAAUAAUUGUGAAUAGUCUUAUAAAUGUCUCCUAAGUGUAACAAUAGUAACUGUCAUUAACACUGAAAAAAAAAUAGUCCAAUAUGUAAUUUUCUAUGUCCAAUAACUAUAACAUGUAUAUAAAAUUUAUUUGGGAAUGAUCAGGAAUUCUUUGAGUUAUUCCAUCACUGUCACUGCUGUCAGAUAAAUGAGGUAUUUUGGGUAGCUUGUGGUGAUCGAUCAUACCUGUCCAGCUCCUCCACGUUCCUGAUGACCAUGACUUUGCUAUGGAUCCACAUUCAUCGCAGCAAAGCAAUCCAAAUGCCUCAUGAGUUAUGUGUUUGCUAAGAGAAAUCAAAGCAAAACAUCUACUGAUGAAAAUGAUAAAUCAUCAAAUACAUUGUUGUUUUUUUUAAUUCAGGCCUUAACUCCUAAAAAUUUAAUAAAAACAAAAGG